UCUCACGGCCGCUGGGAGACCUUGUCUGCCUUGUUGACGGCGUGUGUUGCAAGGAUGGAGGGGGAAUAUGUACACCAGGGAAUUCUAGCGGAUCCCUGGAUCUUGCAGCACUUUCCGGAUGAGCUGAUCGAGAUACUUCGCUCCAGCACCGGAUCAGAGGCGUUGGAUGAACUAUCACGCACGGCUCUAAACCCGCGCUUCUCAACCAAAAUACUGAUCGCGUUUGAGCCGGUUUACGUAGCCGUCGCUGCCCGGUGGCUCUCUCUGGACUCACACGCUUCGCUCGUUCAAAUCAUCGCUGCAUUCUCAAAAGUUCUACCCCUUGCACAGUAUCUCCGGCCUUUCGUGCGCAUUACUCUUCAGCGCCAGGAUGGGAGGCUACCCUUGUUUUCCAUGUCGGGAGACGAUAGGCUUCAAGUUACGAGCGACGAAGUGUCGAUAUCGUUACUUUUAUCCCUCUUCCGGUUACUAAGUUUUGAUGUGGAAGCAUUUUCCUCGGCUGUUUCUCCAAUUCAGCUAGAAACACUGUUUUCGCAUUCUAGUAAAGUUGUGAGAUACUUGAGCGUUCGAUGCCUUUGCUUAUAUAUGCAUGCCGCAGAUGCUGCCAUGCUAGCCAUGGUGAAAAAAUAUUGUGGAACGGGUUCGGUCCUUGGGACUUGGGAAGACCAGACAAUCGACUACAGAUUCUUAAGCCUUUGGGAAGAGAAAAGGUGGUCCGAUCUUCAAAUUCAGCUAAUAAAUCGACGAAAAACAUGCGGUUAUUCGAUGUUCGAUGCAUGGGUCUCGCAACUCCCAUCCUUAAACCACUGCUCAAAUAUUGGUGGCGUUCUAGUACCAAAUGGUAGAUUGGCCGGGGAUACGAACCGUUGCAUGCUGGUGAAAACGCCGACAGUUUUGGAAAAUCUUCGCAGUGUUGGUCGUGCCCUCCUUUCAUCCGAGCCUCUAUUGCUCGUAGGACAAGCCGGAGUUGGGAAAACUUCUCUUAUCAAUCACGCAGCAGAUGCUAUGGGACACGCUUCAACCAUGAUUACGUUGCAUUUGAAUGAGCAGACCGACUUGAAAAGCUUACUUGGGGUAUAUUCUACAUCGACGCGAACAGGGGGGUUCGCAUGGCAGCCCGGUUCUCUAACCAGAGCCGCAAAGGAGGGACGAUGGGUGCUGAUAGAGGAUCUGGAUCGAGCGCCUUCGGAAGUUCUGAGCGUGAUUCUGCCGUUGAUUCAAAAUCGUGAACUUGUCAUCCCCAGCAGGAAAGAGCAUAUACGCUGUGCUGAGGAUUUUAGAAUUAUUGCUACGAUAAGAUCGACCGUUAACACAAAAGGCGUUGAGAUAGCACCAGUUGAGAGUAUGCUUGGGAGCAGACUUUGGCGCCGUGUUCAAGUGAAAGCUUUGCCUCCGGUUGAAAUUCGGCAAAUUAUAAGGGAAGAGUUCCCUCUACUCACGAGCGCCCAAUAUGUUGAGAGGUUCCUGAAUUUAUACCAUCGGAUUACCGAUUUAUUCCAGGGUUCGACUGCUGCUAGGAGCCUCCAGCGGCGAUACGUGGGCCUGCGCGAUCUAAUCAAGUUUUGCUGGCGAAUUGAGCGGCGGCUUAAGAACCUAGGGGUUGUUACCGGCAGGGAAGCGAUCCCUGAACGAACGAAUGACGAAAUAUUCAUGGAUGCGGUUGACUGUUUCGCUGCGUAUAUACCGAACAAAACAUUUCAAUUGAAUGUGAGCAGUGUAAUCGCUGAAGAAUUGCACAUAUCGCCGCAACGUAUGCGAUUCUGUGUGUUUGAGCGCAUGCCAGCUUUCUCAGAAGACCAAGACGGGGUCUUGGUUGGUCGGGAGUUCUGCCAGAGCAUAAAAGUCCUAAGGAGUCAAAAGUCCAGGCAGUCGGUAGGAAAGGGUUCUGCCUUCGCUUCUACAAAAGCCUCCUUAAGAACAAUGGAGCAAGUGGCCGCAGCGCUGCAGAUGUCUGAGCCGGUAUUGUUGGUUGGCGAAACUGGGAUUGGAAAGACCGCAGUGAUUCAAAGAUUGGCGACUCUAUUGAAUCAGCGCCUGACCGUGGUGAAUCUUUCGCAACAGAGCGAAACUACCGACCUGCUCGGUGGAUAUAAACCUAUUAACCUUCGUUCCAUCGCUGUGCCACUUGUUGACAAGUUUCACUCCCUGUUUGAUGCGACGUUUUCAGUGAAGAAGAAUCAAAAGUUCUUAUCAUCUGUUACGAAGAGCAUCAUUGCAGGGAAUUGGACCCGCUUGCUCAAUAUUUUGAAAGAGGCUAUAAAAAUGGCAUCAGCAGUAUUUAGGGAACCCAAGCCUUUAAAGAAUGAUGGGGGCGAAGCCCGUUCUGAACAGCCUGCAAAGAAGAGAAAAUUGGAUACAUCGAAAUACGGCACCUUGAAACAAAGGUGGCAAUCCUUCGCCAACGAGUUAACUGAAUUUGAGACUCAUGUAGCUCGCGGCGAUGCAAAGGUUUCUUUCGCUUUUGUGCAAGGGAAAAUUGUGAAGGCACUGAAAGACGGGGAAUGGGUCCUUCUAGAUGAAAUAAACCUUGCUUCGCCUGAGACCCUUGAAAGCAUUUCAAGCUUGCUUCAACAUGGCCGCGAUGGGAGGCCAUCUGUCCUACUUUCUGAAGCUGGCGAGGUUGAUGCUGUUCAAGGCCACCAUGACUUCCGUCUAUUUGCUGCGAUGAACCCCGCAACCGACGCUGGUAAACGUGAUCUCACACCGGGGCUGAGAUCCAGGUUUACAGAAUUAUAUGUCCAGUCACCGGAUGGCGAUCUAGAUGACCUUUUGAGCCUCGUUAAAACGUAUUUGGGUCCUUUACUGCAUCGCGACUCGACUGCUGCACCGGCUCUAGCUAAUCUUUAUCUUGAUGUCAAGAGAUUGAACGCCGAACAUAAGUUGACUGACGGAGCUGGUCAGAAACCCCAUUUUAGCAUACGCACUCUAGUUCGUGCGCUGCUAUAUGUGAUUGACCAGGCUCAUGUAUAUGGCGUCCGACGCGCCAUUUACGAAGGAUUUUCCAUGAGCUUUUUGACGCUCCUGGGAAAGGAGGCAGAACGUCUUGUUGCCCCUUACAUUGAAAAACAUCUCUUUGGAAAGCAUGGUAAUUCUAGGUCUAUACUUUCCCAGACGCCUAAGGAGCCAGGUGAUGGGUCCCACCAUGUCCAAUUUAGACACUAUUGGAUGCGGAAAGGAAACUUUGAACCGGAGUUACAGCCCCAUUAUAUUAUUACCCCGUUUAUCGAAAGAAAUUUAAUGAAUUUGGUGAGAGCUAGCUCUACCCAGCGGUUCCCAAUUCUCUUGCAAGGUCCGACAUCAUCGGGGAAAACGAGUAUGGUUGAAUAUUUGGCGAAGAUUUCAGGAAACAAGUUCGUGAGGAUCAACAACCAUGAACACACGGAUCUUCAAGAAUAUUUAGGUUCAUAUGUCUCGGGAGAAGACGGUAGCUUGCGUUAUCAGGAGGGUGUUUUAGUGGAAGCCUUGAGGAACGGAUAUUGGAUCGUGCUGGACGAAUUGAACCUUGCACCUACCGACGUUUUGGAGGCACUCAAUCGAUUGCUCGACGAUAACCGCGAACUUUUUUUGCCCGAAACCCAGGAAGUGGUGCAUCCCCACCCUAAUUUUAUGCUUUUCGCUACUCAAAAUCCAGCUGGUCUCUAUGGUGGGAGAAAAAUUCUCUCUCGUGCCUUUCGAAAUCGGUUCCUCGAGCUCCAUUUUGACGACAUCCCUGAAGAAGAGCUUGAAUUUAUCCUAAAAGAGCGGUCCCAGAUUGCACCUUCAUUUUGCACAAGGAUAGUAUCCGUUUAUCGCCAAUUGUCAAUAUUACGCCAAUCGAGCCGGCUUUUCGAGCAGAGAAAUAGCUUUGCCACGUUGCGCGACCUCUUUAGAUGGGCACUGCGGCGUGCGGAUGAUCGUGAACAACUUGCUAUAAAUGGAUUCAUGCUUCUUGCCGAACGAGUUAGGAACCCACAAGAGCGAGAUGCCGUAAGGAAAGUAAUCGAAAAGGUCAUGGGCAUUCAAAUUGAUGAAGAUUCCAUAUACAGCACACGCAAUGUGGAAGCCCGUUUCCGUCAACUAUCUGCGGCUCCUCCGCAUGGGAUUGUUUGGACACGGGCGAUGAGGAGGCUUUUUAUUCUUGUCUCGGACGCUAUCGAGCACAACGAGCCCGUCUUGCUGGUAGGAGAGACAGGCUGCGGGAAAACUCAGCUUUGUCAAGCUGUGGCUGAAACAUAUGGAAAAGAGCUUUAUGUCCUGAAUGCUCAUGCCAAUCUCGAAACCGGGGAUCUCAUCGGCGCGCAACGCCCAUUGAGGAAUAGAGGACUCAUCAAACAGGAACUUGUUACAGAUAUCUCCUCCAUUUUACAAGAGUGCGGUUCUAUGCCCACUCUCGGGGAGCCAUCGUUGGACGAUUUGAAUAGUGCCCUAGCCUCCGUCUCCCCAACUAAGCUAGAGAAAUGCAACCAGGAUACCUUGAACCGAAUCCGUCACAACCUUACAAGGGUCAACGCGCUGUUCGAAUGGUCUGAUGGGAGUCUUGUUUCGGCUAUGAAAAGCGGCCAGCAUUUUCUGCUUGAUGAACUGUCUCUUGCAGAUGAUUCAGUCCUUGAACGUCUAAACAGUGUUCUCGAGCCACAUAGAUCUCUCCUACUCGCUGAAAAAGGUCCCAUAGAUUCAUUGGUUGUUGCUGCACCUGGGUUUCAAUUUCUGGGCACCAUGAAUCCAGGCGGUGACUAUGGUAAAAGAGAGCUAUCGGCUGCCUUAAGGAACCGCCUUACUGAAAUAUGGGUUCCGCAAUUGUCAGAAGCAGAUGACAUCCUCCCCAUCCUCCAGGUAAAGCUGCAUUCAUCUCUUCAAAAUAUAGCAAAGCCAAUGAUGGAGUUCGCGAAAUGGUUUAAGGAAACUUUCCAGGGGUCCACUUCUGGCUCAAUCUCAGUUCGUGACUUGCUUGCGUGGGUUAAUUUUGUCAACGACUGCCGAAAUCUUCAACCUGGCCUGGCGGUGGUUCACGGGGCAUGUUUGGUGUAUAUUGAUUCUUUGGGUGCAAAUCCUUCUGCGAUUCUAGCCGUUGCGUCUGGGGAUCUCAAUAAGGAUCGUCGUCGAUGUUUGGAAAAACUUGAGCUAAUAUUCUCAUUCGACGCUGUGUCGAUGUAUUUCUGCGAGACUCGUCUCGAUAUCGAUGAAGAACGAAUGGUAAUUGGACCUUUUGAACUCGCGGUCGGUUCUAAUUCUCAGCCCGAUCCCACCUUCGCCCUCGACGCCCCUACAACUCUAUUGAAUACUCUUAGGGUUGCAAGGGGGCUUCAGUCAAGCCGACCAAUUCUCCUCGAAGGAAGUCCUGGAGUUGGGAAAACGACACUUGUUGCCGCGUUAGCCCGUGGACUGGGAAAACCGCUCACCCGUAUUAACCUCUCAGAACAAACUGAUCUGACGGAUUUAUUCGGUUCAGAUAUCCCUGUCGAAGGCGCUGAAAUCGGGAACUUCGCCUGGAGCGAUGCACCAUUUCUACGGGCUAUGCAACAAGGUGGAUGGGUUCUCCUCGACGAAAUGAAUCUUGCUUCUCAGUCUGUUCUUGAGGGGUUGAAUUCUUGUUUAGAUCAUCGACAGCAGGUAUACAUUGCAGAGCUUGACCAAACAUUUAAGAGGCAUCCGGACUUCGUUCUUUUUGCCACACAAAACCCACAUCAUCAGGGAGGCGGUAGAAAAGGGCUGCCAGCAUCAUUUGUUAACCGAUUCACAGUCGUCUACGCUGAUUCCUUCACUACAGAUGAUUUGAAGCUUAUUUGCCGAAGGCUAUCUCGACGAGUUCCUCCUGACCAGGUAGAGCGAAUGGUCGAAUUCAUUUCUACAUUAAACAUCCGAUUACUUAGCGAUCGCCGUCUAGGAGCAAUCGGAGGCCCAUGGGAAAUGAAUCUCCGGGAUCUUUCUCGUUGGCUUAUGCUUUCAGAAAGGUUCGAACUGGGAGAUCAUCCAUCUCAAUUUCUUGAUAUUAUAGUCAGCCAACGGUUUCGAACGCUGGAGGAUAGAAAGGUCGUCUCGAAGCUUUACGAAGAAAUUUUUGGAACGACUCCUAUUUCCAAAAGCUAUUUUCACAAUCUAAGGCCGGAUAUUUAUCAUAUAGGGAUAGGUACCCUCCAGCGUGAUCAGAUAUUACAACAUGCUUCUAGGAGACAAAUUGAGAUCCUUCCCAGAGAUCUCCCUAUUCUUGAGUCGCUUAUGCUAUGUGUGGAGAAAAGAUGGCCGAGUGUGCUUGUUGGGCCUUCUGGGUGUGGUAAAUCGGCUACUUUGCAAAAGCUUGCAGCACUUAGCGGAGCUAGGAUUGUCGAACUGGCUCUGAAUGCAGAUACAGAUGCAAUGGACCUUAUUGGUGGUUUUGAGCAACGUGAUGACCAUCGCCAAAUAUCUAGCCUUAUUGACGAACUUGCAGGUCUUUUACAAUCCUGCAUAAUUCAAGCGUAUUCCGGCACGGGAUCGGGUGGGCUUGACCCCGAGCUAACGAAGCUCUACAAGAUGAUCAAUAGCGAUCCACUACGCCUCGAAGAUAUUUCAGAUUCCCUUUCUCGCAUUUCUAAUGACCACGGGAAUCCAGGUCUUAGAGAGCUCAGCCACCGUUGUACGCAACUCGUGGCAGGAAGUAGCAAUGAGCACAUUGGGUUUGAAUGGACUCCGGGCCUGCUAAUUCAUGCCAUGCAGCGGGGGGACUGGGUCGUCCUGGACAAUGCCAACCUUUGCAGCGCCACGGUACUGGAUAGACUGAAUUCUCUCAUGGAACCGGAUGGCUACCUCAUUAUUAAUGAGCAACGAACAAGCGAUGGAUCGGUACAAAUCGUGAAGCCGCACCCCCAUUUUCGACUGUUCCUGACCAUGGAUCCCAAAUACGGCGAGCUUUCUCGAGCAAUGCGGAAUAGAUCUAUUGAAAUUUUCUUUCUACAGCAAGGUGACCCGAACCCAGUCCCUUCCUCGAUGAUCACGUAUAGUUGUGACUCCGCUAUAUAUCGCCUUCGGAAUUGUCACACUUUCAACAGCAGUGAGCCUUCUGCCGUAAAUGACAUCGCGUUUGAAAUUUCCUUGGACCAUUUAACCCCAGCAGAUAUCACCGAGAUCAAUACCUCCUUGCCUUCAUUUAUACAGUUGUGGGCCGGAAACAAAGCUCUAACUGAAUCAAUAUCUCUUGCAUUGAACCGUUACCAUUCUCUGGUUGCAAAUAAUUCGUUAGUCGGCUGGCCGGAAUAUGUUUUGCUUAGUGAACUGGUCGAUAGCACCAAAUUUCUUCAGCCGCAGCAGCAUACUGAGCCGCUCCAUCCCCUGAUCAAUGAGCCGCGCCUGUUCCAUUACCCCCUUAUUUCUGAUCAUCGAUCUUGCCUUAUGCGCCUUGCCAAGCUUCAGGAGAUCCAACUGGACACAGCUCGCUUAUAUCAAGAGCUAUCCCGUGUGGGUAACAUAGCGCGAAGCAAAAAGGCUUCUGAUAUGAAUCGACUAGAGCGGUCUAUGACGUCCAGCACUAUCGCGGCUCAUAAAAAAGACUCGACGGUGCUUGUUUCCGUAUUUCUGGGUGAUUCAUGUCAGCUGUUGACGAAUUUCAUUCGAGAAAUAAAGUUAGCAUUCCUAGACGACAAUGCCGUUACUGGUGCCGGUUCCAUUCUUGAGUUUUGCUGGGAUGUUUUUUAUCUCAGUAUGCAAGCGGAUUUUGAGGAUGCCCUUUUCUUAACAUACAUAAAGGCUGGACAAUCUAAUGCCAAAAAGUACGAAUCUGCUCCCCUGCAUCUAAUGGAAUUGUGGUCGCGGAUGCUGGACAGUUUCCAAGCAAACUGGCGCUUGACCACAGGACAAAGUAUGCAAAUGAUGUGGGAGGCCUGGAGACCAGCAACCGCAUCCGAUCCUGUUAGUUUGCAGCAGAUGAUGAAGCUAGAACAACUUUGCUCGCGCUUUGAUGAGAUGGUUCAGAAGACGAAUCUUAGCCUUACUGAGCGCAGCCAAUUAAGUAACUCCCUUGCAGGGGCAAAGAGCUCCUUGUUGCUUGGUGCCGAUGGCAGCCGGCUGGUCGAUGAUUUAACCUUUGCUAUCAAUGAACUGGCAAAACGCCUUCAUGACACUAAAAGUAUUGUUAGCCCUUACUUUUCUGCGGAGUAUGAAGCACUUUGUCAGUAUCAUGACCUUUCCGGAUGGCACAGUAUUGAGGAUGCAGGGUCUCUACAAGGAGUCCUUAAAUUGCUUGCGGGCCGACCUUCAAGCCCUUCUGAUAUUUCCCCGUUCGGGAACGCCGCGCCUGGUCUUCUUUCUGACAUUUCACGGUUUGCCGGAUUCCGGAGUCCUCUAAAUACUGCUUUUGCAUUGAAAGGCACUAUAUCCCUCUCGUUAAUCCAGAAACUGAAACAAAUCGGAAACGUGCCCCUUAGCCAAAUGGACCUCCUACACACGGAGUUGGCAUUCCUUUCUAAGGCGUUGGCUUCAAGUGCAGUGGAAAUCUCUCGGGACCAGUUUGCGCUGCUUACAAGCCACUUAAAAGAGUUACUCAAAGGAUACUUGGUUUGUCACCGGAAUUUGAUCGCCCCUCAAUCGCUCGACGCUGUGAUUACGGGCCUUGACGGGGAUAGGAAGCUGAGCUUACCACUAAAUGGUCUGGAAGCUGAUGUGAUCGAGCCAGCGGCGCAUAAAGACGCUGCUCAUGGCUCAUUUGUGAUAAAGACGGUCUGUGAUUGCUUCCAUGAUCUAAUCACAGACCAGGGGGUAUCAAACCCAUAUCUACAGCAUGGGAAAGCGCUUAUAAGAUUUGCCAUGGCAUUACUCAGGAGUUUUAUUCCAGAUCGGCCUUUUGAUCCCUCCUUGGCAGUUGUCGUCGAACGUGAAAGGUACGGUAAACGAAUGCUGGAGAGGACCCAAAGGCUUCAAGCCGUGAAAGCUUUCGAAACUAGAUAUUCCGGGCAGAGCACGAGUUUACGAAUUCGAGUUUUGGAGGAUGAAUUGCGAAGCUUGGGAAAAGAGCCAUCACAGCCGUCAGUUUCUAGGCCCAAGCCGUCUCGGCUGAGCGCGCUUCAAGGAGAAUUUAUGAACAUUGUAACUUCCAUCCUGAGCAAAAGCGUGGAAGACAUCUUCGUCUCCUGUCAGAGUCUCGGUGGGCAAUCAGGACCUCAUCUAAUCCAACAGAAUAUUCGACAAAUGUGUGCUCGGCUUGAGAGAAAUUACCGUGCCUAUGACGAUAUCACCGUUCCAGUCGUUCGAUUUCUUGAAUUACUCGACCUUGGAAUAGGUCUCUUUCAGUAUAGUCAGGUAGGCCCGACAGAUCAGCAAAGCUUCGUUCGCGACAUUAGUCAAGCCACUCCAUUCCUCGGCCAGGCACGGACCUCUGCUCGCUUGCUCCGGACGAUUGGGGCACCCCAUCUCGCUCGGUUAAAUCUAGAAACAGAUCUGUAUCGUCUAUCCGUGAUCAGCGCCUCCCAGAACACCGACUCUAGAACUCUCCAUGAUGUCGAUUAUCGUGAAAUCUUGCGCUCCUCUCUGCAACAUCUUUACAUGCAAUGGAAAGAACAACUGCAGGCAGACCAAGUCAAAGAAGCUGAACGGUCCGCGUUGUUCCGCUACCGUGGGUCUGUUGAAGAUCAAGACGAGAUAGAUGCAGAGGAAUUACUGCAUAUGUUUCCCACAUUUGACGAAGAACCCAAGGCUCAGGGAGAAUCCCUCGCGAAAUUCGAUAACAAGGGCGUGGCCUCAAAGCUGUCCAAACUUUUUAAAGAACUUUUCACCACAGGAGAUAGAGAACUGGAGAUUAAGGGACUAAUUGCGAAAGCCACAGAACUGAUAGGAUCCAUUCUACCAGGGGAUGAGCUGUCAGUGCCCUUAGUUCAACCCCAAAAUCAUCUAUCAGCAGUGUUAUUAUUAUUGGAGGACGAAGUUCAUACUAGUCCCAUGAGCUCUUACAACUUUUACACAGAUCCAAAUUUGCCGGAAGUGAAAAAGCUUGCCGAUUUGGUUGAAAGGACGCAGCGGCGAUUUUACGAACUUCAAAGGUCCUGGCCCGAGCACGCAACUCUGGCAGAUGCAAUUACCUGCUGCUCUGAAAUUUACCAAUUCAAGCACUGUGAGCCAGUCGCUAAAUUUCUCACCAAAGCUGAAAAGCUGCAUGGAUAUAUCCAUGAGUGGCAAACUGUUGCAAGCAAGGAGUUCUCUGCUGCCAAUUUCUACGAUGAGCUUACUGCAUUGCUAAUCAGUUGGAGGCGCCUUGAGCUGUCAACAUGGGCCCGCCUGCUAGAUAUCGAAUACGAGAAGUGUGAACAGGAUGCCGAUGGAUGGUGGUUUGUUGCUUAUGAAGUGAUUGUUGCGACACCCUUGCAAUUAAUCCAGGAGGGUCAAGAUUUGGUCAGCCAUACUUGCGAACUCAUAUCAACAUUGGAAAAGUUCAUUUGUUCGACGCCAAUCGGGCAAUAUCGUUCUCGACUGCAGCUUGUAGAAAGAUUCAAUUCCCUUCUCCAACUCUACGCUAUCGACUUUCCAUCUCUCCGUCGGGUUAUCUCUGCGCUCGCGAAUCUGAUCAAUCAUUACAAACCGUUUGUGCAAAUCUUUGAGGAGCAGUUGUCAAACGGUCGGAAGUCACUUGAAACCGAUAUAAAGCAGGAAAUACUGCUUACAAGUUGGAAAGAUACGAAUAUUACCGCUCUCAGGGAAAGUGCUCGACGCUCACACUACAAGUUAUUCAAGGUUGUACGAAAGUAUCGUGCAAUCUUAGGCCAACUCUCAGAUAGCACCAUCGAAAAUGGGCUUCCUACAUCUGCCUACAAGUCGGAGCCAGCUGUAGUAAGUUCAUUGCAUAAACCGGAGGCUGUAUCUUCCACUGCUCUCAGCAUAUGCCAAGAAGUUAUUUCUACCUGGGGUUCGAGGCCAGCUCGGUUCAAGGAUAUAGACGCUACCACGGGGAACAUGCGCCAUGUUUACCAAAGGUGCUUUGCCGAUUUCAGUGUUCCCUGCGAAUUGGAUGCGUUUAUCCGUGAUGUAAUCGACAGUAUCAAUGAUUUCAAAUCCAAGACUCCCAAAACCCUUACAGAAGAAAACAAGGAGGAGGUACAGCACCUCAAAGUUCAGAAACGUCGAUUCUAUGCCGAAAAAUUACGAGAGCUUCGACAUAUGGGUAUCCGGUCCAACCUCGGUACCGAUAUAUUAGAAAAGCAAAGUUCCCGCUCGUCCAUUUUAGCCAGCACACCAGCCCUUGCCUGUUCUAGAGAAUUCCAUCAGAUCGAAAGUGCUGAUUCUUAUUUUCAUCGAUUUGUGGAUUUGUUGUCAAAAGCACGACAGGCCGCUCGAGAGUACUCAGAAGACUUGAGCAAUGUCGAAGCCGGAAGGAGUGCUGGUUUUGUGGAGGGAAUUCUCUCUCGAGCCCGGACUGAAAGAACAACCAUUUAUCCAGCAUUAACUGCUCUCGACUCUCUUACUACAGUCAUCCAGGAAAUGGACAGCUUAUCUUGUCUGAGCAAAGGGUCUUUGCGCGUUAAUGCUGCAAUGGCUGUUCAUGUCAAAGAUCUUCAAGGGACACUCCGUUGGUUGUCUGCUCUGCUCGAAACUUCCGUAGCGAUUCUGAACAUCCAUGCAAGGCACACAAAUACCGACCUUUCUCGAGUACUCAACGAGUUAAGUUCGAGGAAAGAUCAGGCUGAAGGUUCUUACCUUGCGCUGGAAAGUCUUGCCACGCUUCCUAAAGGGUUGUCCUCGGACGUUCAUGAAGAUCAAAUCUUGCAAGCUCAAACGCUUAUUACACAGAUUCAAACCGACGUGAUCCGCUUGGGCCAGACCCACCCAGACGUAGCUUUUGCUAUGGAUCAAAUCCUUCCUUGGACUAAAAUCGAUUUGUCAGAAUAUCCUAACCCUAAGGAUGGUCGAUAUUCAGCGCUUCUUCUCAAGGACAUUGAUAAAUCGCUGUUGUCAGUUAUUGAUAAGGUCUUCGUCGUACUUCAACGUCUCAGCAACUGUUUGUCAUCUUAUCCUGCGUCCACUGAGAAUACCGGCUGGCUGGCAAAGACCGAUAGUGUUCUCUCGAAAGCACUCGAGGAACUGCACAUGGAGGAAAUCGCAAAUAGUAUGUCUUCGGUCUUGAACACAAUUCGGCUCAUUUCUAUGCAAACCCCCAAUGAGUUGGAUACCGUGAUAGCUAUUAUAUCUUCCCUACUGCCCAUAAUGCAUCAAUAUCGAUAUAUUUGUGUUGAUUUGGUGCACCGUUACGCCAAUCUACACCGUGAAGUUUGCAAAAUGGGCUAUGUGCUCUCCAACUCGUUUAUCCGCGUGGCUUCUGAAGGAUUUUGCAGCCCGACGGAGGCCUCUGACGAACAAGGCUCGAGCGGGAAGUUGGAAAACGGAACCGGUCUCGGGGACGGAGGGGGCGCUGAGGACAUUAGCAAGGACGUUCAAGACGACGAAGACCUUUCUGAUCUAGCGCAGCAGAAAUCUGAAAACCACGGUGAGAAAGACGAUAUUGAAGCGGCGGAUGAUGCAGUCAACAUGGACAAUGAAGACCUCGAAGCAGACGCGGAAGACUUUGAACAAAAGGAAAAGGGUCAACAAGAUGAGGAUGAGUCAGAUUUAGAGAGUGCUGAUAAUAUGGAUGAAGAAGUCGGGAGCGUCGAUGGGUGGGACCAGGAUGCAGUGGAUGAGAAACUUUGGGACGGGAAAAAUAAUCCUGAUCAAAAGGACACUGAAAAUGAAGAAGGCAAGGGGUCAUCCAACACAGACGAGCAAGCCGCAGCACCCGAGAAGAAGGAUAGCAAAGCAAAUGAAGCGGAAGACCCAGAGGCUGGGAGUGACAACGAAAACCCUGAGCCACCUGAUGAUGAAGCAGAGGCAGUUGGUCGUGAGGACAUGGAUGUAACUGAGCCAAACUUGAAAGAAGAGCAGGUUCUGGAUUUGCCGGAUGAUAUGGAACUCGACGAGCAAGAGAAAAGAGCUUCGGACAUUGACGAUACUCUAGAUGAGGACUUUCCAGAUGAUGACAUGGAAAUGGGAGAGAACGAACCUGGUGCGGAUGAAAAGAUGCCAGAUCCGCCCAGCCAGGAUCAAAUAGAUGAAACUGCAGAUGAUUCUAUGGACGAGAACCAAACGCUUCGUGAAGAGCAGGGAGAAGAUCUUUCCGAGGCACCAGUAGAGGACGAUGAACGAGAUCUGAAGCCAGCGGAAAGAACUGACGAAAGGUCGGAGCCAGAAAAUGUCGUGCCAAGCGAGGCACGCGCAGAAGGCCUGGAGAGUGAACAAAAUGAUGAAAAGGGACAAUCAGGCGAGGCCGUCACAGACCAAGAUUCUAAAGAACAAACCGAGACUAGCCAGAAGCAAGAAAGCAGUGCACAAGGUGGUGAAGAAGGAGAGGUGUCAGGCAAUCAAGCUGGUGGUAAUGCAGAAGACGCUGUCGAAGAUCCUCAGGCCCAAGCAUUCAAAAAACUAGGCGAUAUAUUGGAGCAAUGGCAUCGCUCACAGCGCAAGAUCAAAGAAGCAUCUCAGGACGAAAACCUUGAAAUCCAACAUCGCGAUGUUAACAUGGAAGAAGUGGAUUUCGAACAUCUGGCCAAUGACGAGGAUGCUGCGGAUACCGAGGCCCUUGGUCAAGCAAGCGAAGAGCAAGUGAGAAACGUGGAUCAAAAUCAGGCCAUUGAGUCAAAUGAACAGCCCGACAAUGACGAUGUUCUUCCGGACGCGGCUGACAUUGGGGAAGACGGCCGGGCACAGGCGUUGGAAGAUGUGAUGCAGCUUGACUACACUUCUACUCAAGCAGAUCAAAAGGAAACGAUGCCUCUUUCUACUAUUAACAAUAAGGAAGAACAUACUUUAAGUGAGCCAAACGGACAAGUCGAAGCACAGGAAAAUAUAGAUGAUGUGGAUCGCCAGCUCUCAGAGAUACAUUUGUCCUCUGACCUACCUCCGUUGACCCCUCCCGACGAAGCACGAAGGCUUUGGUCCCAUUACGAAGCAAUCACCCAUGACCUCUCGCUAUCCUUGACCGAGCAACUGCGACUAAUUUUAGCACCUACAAUGGCAACAAAAUUGAGAGGAGACUACAGAACAGGGAAGCGGCUGAACAUCAAACGCAUUAUUCCGUAUAUUGCUUCCCAGUACAAACGGGAUAAGAUCUGGAUGCGUCGAUCUGUGCCCUCUAAAAGGAACUAUCAGAUCAUGUUAGCUGUCGACGACAGUAAAUCCAUGUUAGAAAGUGCUAGUGGUCAACUUGCCUUCGAAACCCUUGCGCUUGUAUCAAGGAGCCUAAGCAUGCUAGAAGCCGGCGAUCUAUGCAUCGUAAGCUUUGGCAAUGAGGACCAUAUUCGUGUUGCGCAUGAGUUCGGCAAAGCAUUCUCGUCCGAGGCGGGCUGUCAGGUCUUCCAGCAAUUUAGCUUUAGGCAAACCGGAACAAACGUUAAGAGGCUCGUGCAGGAAUCUAUUGCCCUCUUCCGCGAAGCCAGAGCGAAACGAUCUUCCAGUAGUGGUGAUCUCUGGCAGCUACAGCUAAUUAUCUCCGAUGGUAUCUGCGAAGACCACGAUGAUAUCCGCCGACUACUUAGACAAGCCCAAGAGGAGCGAAUUAUGAUUGUCUUUAUCAUUGUUGAUGCAGUUAAAGAAGAAAGCGGCUCAAUCAUGAAUCUCACGCAAGCCACCUUUGAAGCAGAUGAGUCGGGCAUAGCGGGCGGUAAAUGGAAAAUGAAGCGAUAUCUCGAAGGAUUCCCCUUUCCAUAUUAUCUGACUGUGAGAAAUGUGCAGGAAUUGCCUUCUGUUUUAUCACUGGCGUUGAAACAGUGGUUUGCUGAGGUGGUCGAGUUAUCAACAUAGACUGGCAUGGAGUAAUUUGCCGGGUUUUGUGUACAUAAUUGAAUGUCUGGUUUCUGUGUCUUCAUGUAAAAUUGGGGAUGGCGUUUUCUAGAGAGGUCUCAAAAAAUGGAUUCUUCCUUUGUUGUGAUAACAA